AUGUUAAAAGAUAUAGAGAAGAAAUUCAAUUCUCUGAGAAGCGUGAACAUGAAGCUAAACUCAGCAAAAUGUUCUUUUGGCAUGGAGGAAGGCAAGUUCUUGGGCUUCGUGGUUACAAAUGGCGGCUUCAAAGUCAAUCCUGAAAAGGUUCAGGCCAUAGAGCGAAUGUCGUCUCCGCGCACGAUCAAAGAGAUGCAAAGAUUAGCCGGCCGCCUAGCCGCGCUUAAUCGAUUUCUAUCGAACCAUGCUGCAAAAUCCUACCCUUUUAUCAGCACUCUGCGCAACUGCGUGAAAAAGCAAGAAUUCAAAUGGACGCCAGAAGCAGAAGCUGCCUUCCAGCAAAUGAAAGAGUGUUUGAUCAAGCUCCCUACCCUGACCGCGCCGUUUGAAAAAGAGCCACUCAUUCUGUACUUGUCUUCUUCAGACAAGGCAGUUGGGUCGGUAUUGUUGGUGGAGAGAAACGGAGUUCAGACUCCAAUUUACUAUGUCAGUAGGGUGCUUACAGAUCCAGAAACGAGAUAUUCAACAAUGGAAAAGUUAGUGCUAGCACUGCUUCACGCCUCUAGGAGGCUGCGCAGAUACUUUACAGGGCCGCACCCAGCAAUUAAAGGUCAAGUGCUAUCGGACUUCAUCACAGAAGUCCCAGAAGAUAAGAUCAAAGAUUGUGAAGUUGUUGAUACUCCCAUCAAAGAUACAUCCGACGGAUUGUGGUUACUAUAUACUGAAGGGGCCUCAAACGAAGAUGGCGCAGGAGCUGGGUUGCGCCUUGUUAGCCCUGAGAAACAUGAGUUUACAUACGCCAUCAAGUUGGAUUUCAAGAAUACCAACAAUGAGGCUGAAUAUGAAGCAUUCUUGGCAGGCCUGCGCCUGGCCAUCAAAAUGGGAGCUCAGAACUUACAAGUACACGUUGACUCUCUGUUGAUCGCGAGUCAGAUUAAUGGGUUAUAUGACGCGAAGGGCGAGGUUAUGGCUCUGUAUUUGGAACAAACGAAGGAAUUGCUUCAGCAGUUCAAAUCAUACAAGGUUGUGCACAUCAAUCGAUCUGAAAACAAGCCAGCAGACGCGCUAAGCAAGCUCGCUUCAACUGCCAUCCAACAUCUCGCCAAGGAUGUCAGAAUCGAAGUCCUAAAAAACCCAUCUGUUUUGUUGCGGCAAGUGAAUGCAAUCGAGAUAUGGCCUCCAUCAUGGAUGACUCCUAUCAUCCAGUAUCUUCAAGAGGGAAUUCUCCCUGAAAACAAAGCGGAAGCUAGAAAGAUACAGAACAAGGCUUUGUUCUAUGAGAUGAACGGUGGAAUCUUGUAUCGAAGAUCAUUCUUGGGGCCACUUUUGCGCUGUGUGGACCCCCAAGACGCAAGUUACAUGAUCAGGGAGAUUCAUGAAGGCAUCUGCGGCAUCCAUGCAGGCCCGCGCAUGGUUGUCGCGAAUAUAAUGAACGCUGGUUACUAUUGGCCAGGGAUGCACGUUGACGCUCUAAAGGCAUUGCGCAAAUGCGACUCCUGUCAAAGGCACGCCCCGAAAACCCUGCGCCCGAAAAAUGAUCUCAUCCCUGUGUCCACUGCCUGGCCUUUCCAGCAGUGGGGGAUCGAUAUGGUGGGACCUUUCCCUGAAGCUCCUGGAGCUGUGAAGUUUAUAAUUGUUGUCGUUGAUCAUUUCACCAAGUGGGUGGAGGCCAAAGCACUCGCUUCAACAACUGCAAUGAUUGUGCGCAAGUUCAUCUAG